CUGAGAGAACGGCUUACAUCGGUGUAGGUGAGAUUCGCCACGCUUGCCGAUAGUCUCCGGACCUCAACGGCAUGCCGCAACGUAUCAGUUCUCGAGGUGAUCGCGCCGACGAUCGAUAGAAACUCGUUUCUGGCUCGGUGUUAGUAAUCGUAGUGGUGGGUUCGCGGAAGCUGCGCCAUUGCCGUUUGAUAGCGCUCUGUUCGAUCUCAAAGAUACGAUUUUUGUCUUGUGCUUAGCUUGGUGGAGAACGGCCAAAAAAUAAAUUCGUCGCCAUGGGAAGCGCAAUCAAACGUGCCGGCACAAUACAGACGAUGAUUUUGUGGACUGUGGUAAUAGUGCUGUGUUUCUUCGCGACUGAUCUCUUUGCGCUGCAAGACGGUGAAUCAUGCUCGCACCAGGGAGAGUCGGGCGUGUGCCGACCAUACUCGAAGUGCAAACGCGGCAAUCGGAUCACCGUGUGCAGCUAUUCGGCCACGGAAGCGAUCGUCUGCUGCCCACAAUCCCAACAGCUCGACAGCCCCCCGAGCGGGUUUAGCAUACCGACGCCACUUAACUCGCAAAGUCGUGGAGGAAGCGAACGGAUAAGCGAAAAAAAAUGUAACGAAUACAAGGACCUUACGACGGAAAGUGUCGCGAUCAGUGCGCUCACACUAAAUCCAACCCUGGUUAAAAUCGAUGUACCGAAGUGUGAAAUGGUUGUGAAGUUGAUCGUCGGUGGCAACGUGACGAAACCGGGCGAGUUCCCGCACAUGGCUGCGAUCGGAUGGCGGCAGCCGAACGGUGGCUACUCGUUCGACUGCGGAGGAUCGCUGAUCAGCGAGUACUACGUGCUGACGGCAGCCCACUGCUACGCGGAAUCAGCUGACGGCACACUACCCUCCAUUGUGCGGCUGGGCGAACAGAGCUUGGUGCGCGAGGACGAUGGUGCGGAGCCGGAAAAUUACGACAUCUUGCGCUUCAUCGUGCAUCCGGAUUUGAAACGGAGCGUCGGAAAAUACAACGAUAUCGCACUGAUUCAGCUGACGGAGCGUGUGAUCUUUACGAACUUUAUACGGCCGGCCUGUCUGUACCCAUCGGAAGUGCUAAACGUACGCACAGCGAUCGCGACCGGAUUCGGGCGGACGGAGUAUCUUGGUGCCAAAUCGGACGAGCUGCGCAAGGUGGCACUCAACAUCUACAACAAUGAACUGUGUGCCGAGCGAUACCGGUAUGAUCGUCACCUCCGCCAGGGCAUUCUAUCCACGCAGAUGUGCGUUGGUGAUCUGGCCGGUGGAAAGGAUACCUGCCAGGGCGAUUCGGGCGGCCCGCUACAGGUCACGGUACAAGAAAAUCAUUGCAUGUUUUACAUCCUCGGUGUGACAUCGUUGGGGCAGGUGUGCGGUAGUUCUACGCCGGCAAUUUACACCAAAGUUCACCCAUACCUGGACUGGAUCGAAUCCGUGGUGUGGAAAAUCACGAACCCCCUCCCCCGCCACACAAUGUCACCAACCAUUGAUAACGCACGGUGGAUCACGCCGAUCGCCCUCAGCGCGAUCUUUUUUCUCGGCAGUGUACUAGCCGCAAGCAAUGAAGGAGAGUCGUGUGCGUAUGGCAACGAGCCCGGAAUCUGCCAAGGCUAUAAUCUGUGCCGUCCGCUUCUGGAAAAGUCUCGCAUUGUAAAAAUCUGUGGCUACACGUCCCAACAAGCAGUUGUGUGCUGUCCGGUUGACUAUCGUGAGCGCUUGCAGCAGCUGAACGAUCCAAACCAGCGUGUCAGUGAACGAAAGUGCCGAGACUACCAGAGCGCAUCCAAUUCCGGGCUGCUGUUCGGUUCGCUAGCGGUCGGCUCCUCGGUGGUGAAGCUAAAGCCCCGCGCCCAAUGUCCAACCGAUCAGAACCUGAUCGUCGGUGGUACGGCCGCACGGUUUGGCGAGUUUCCGCACAUGGCCCGGCUGGCCAUGCCGGACGAGAACGGUGCCAUGGUGUUUCGCUGCGGCGCAACGCUGAUCAGCGAACAGUGGGUUAUGACGGCCGCACACUGUCUGGAGUCGCAAACGAUCGUGGUGCGGCUGGGUGAGCUCAAGGAGGGCAACGACGAGUUUGGCGACCCGGUCGAUGUCCAGGUGACACGGAUCGUGAAGCAUCCUAACUACAAACCGCGCACCGUGUAUAACGAUAUCGCCCUGCUGAAGCUGGCCCGCCCGGUGACCUUUUCGACGCGGAUACGUCCCGCCUGCCUGUACGGUUCGUCAACGGUCGAUCGGACGAAGGCGGUAGCGAUCGGAUUUGGAUCGACGGAAGCAUACGGUGCUGCGUCGAAGGAACUGCUGAAAGUAUCGCUAGAUGUGUUCACCACGGCCGCCUGUAGCGUGUUUUUCCAGCGCAAUCGUCGCGUUCCCCAGGGCCUCCGGGAGUCGCAUCUCUGUGCCGGGUUCCUGAGCGGUGGCCGUGACACCUGCACCGGAGAUUCCGGUGGUCCGCUACAGAUCAGCUCGGAAGAUGAGGCCUGCGUAGCGCAGAUCAUCGGCAUUACCUCGUUCGGUAUUGGCUGUGGCUCGACGACGCCCGGCAUCUAUACGCGUGUGUCGGAGUACAUAGACUGGAUCGAGGGCAUCGUGUGGCCAACGGAUAGCGCCUCCCUGACGGAUGGGUUACGCUUUAGUUAAACUCUCGUAGUUAUCAUUUAUCUCAAAAGUGGCCUCAGUGUGAACGAAUGUGUGUAUGUGUGAACGUGCAUGUGUGUCUGUAUGUCUGUAUGUAUGUAUGUAUGUGUUAAAGAUUUCUUUGUUCAAAAGGAAAUCACAUUCGCAGGGCAGGGAAGCAUAAAUGAUUCACUAAUCUAAGGCUUUAGUGAGGCAGUAUGCUUGAGCUAGUGUGUAAGUUAUGCAGUUUUACGUGUUACUGUCUUGUGCUUUACUGUACUUAGUCAGUUUGUUAGUUGAGAUUAAUGGCAACACGGGGUGCAGAUCGAUCGUUCUGAAUUGAUAGCAAUUCGAUGCAAAGCCGAAGCAAUUUUUUGACGAUGCCAUUUUUGCACUAUGUCUAUGACUUGUAAAACCUUGAAAAAAAUAACGAAUGCGAAUCGAUGGACGAAAAAAACAAAUCGUAUUUUUUGUGCAAACGUAUGAUCUUAAAUAAAUAAACUUCGAACACAA